UCGAAUUAAAUGUAAAUAAGAUAAGUUUAUAUCGAGUCACGUGGUCGUAAGUGCAUCUCUAUAAUUCUGUUAAAUUAGCUUCAACUUCAAUUGUGCAUAGAUCGCAUGCUUGCAUAUACCCGUAAUAAUAUAUAAAUAUACACGUACAUAUACGAUGUCCAAUCGAAAGUCAAAAUUGGAUUAUGGAGAAGACGACGUUAAGGAUAUACUCGCUAGAGAGCCAUUAACAUUGGAACCUGUGCUUUUACUGACCGCUGGGCCUACCAAUUGUUCACCGAGAACCCUGAGGGCAUUGGCUAUGCCCACGUUCGUGCCUCUUCCUGACCAGGAUUACAAUGAAGUGGCAAAAAUGCUCAUAGAUGAUAUAAAAGCUAUGGUGCAACACGUCUUUCAAACGAAAAACAAACUCACUUUUUGUGAGCAAAACGCUGGUCAUGGAGGCAUGGAAACUAUAUUCACGAACCUUGCACACCGGUGAAAAGGUAUUGAUAGCAACCAACGGUUUUUGGGCAGAUAGAGCCAUAGCCAUGGCCGAAAACUACGGAUUGGAAGUCGUUCGACUUCCUGGUCCAUCGAAUGAAACUUUUAAGUUUGAAGACUUAGAAAAAGAAAUAAUAAAACAUAAACCAGUUCUCCUUUUCAUAUCCCAUGGUGAAACAUCAACAGGUGUGCUUCAACCUCUAGAAGGUUUAAGUAAAAUUUGCCAUAGACAUGGUUGUCUAUUGGCUGUUGAUGCUAUAAUUACAUUCGCAGCAGUCCCCUUAUUCGUAGAUCGAUGGGAAAUUGAUGCAAUAGUUGGAGCGCCUCAAAAAGGACUAGCUGCUCCUCCAGGAUUAACUUUUUUGUCGUUCAGUGAACGUGCAGUGGAGCGAAUGGAUAAGAAAAAAGUAAAUCCGCCGUUCUACUUACACGCGAAAAAAGUUGCGAAUUGUUGGAGAUGUUUGAAUGAUGGUCCCGCAGGAUUCCACUACACAUGGAAUUCGAACAUGCUGUGCGCAAUUCGUGAAGCAUUUCUUCAGCUACUUGAAAAAGGUCUGGCGAACACGUGGGAAAAUCAAACGAAAAUGGCAGAACGCCUGUGGAUUGGAUUAGAAAAGAUGGGCUUAAAAUUGUGGGUACCGAAUAAAGAGAAACGAUUGCCAAAUGUCACCACGGUAAUUCUACCGGAAGGGAUAGAUGUGAAGAAAGUUUGUAGAUAUGCUUAUGAUGUACUCCAUACCGAUAUCAGUUUCGGUAUUGGCCCUACCUAUGGUAAAUGUCUCAGAAUUGGCAUAAUGGGAUAUAAUUGCAGACCGGAAAUUGUCGACAGAGCGCUUGAAGUAAUAACAGAAGUUUUGGAUAAAUAUCCCAUUUAUUCAAAGCAAUAUACGUCUGUGGGUGUUAAUUCAUGGGGACGUUAAAAUCAAAUUUUAUAGCUACUUUACUUUAUUAAACAAUUCUGAUUGUAUGCGAUGCUAGUGAACAUGUUUUGCGUUGCUAAUGUAAAAACAAUACAUGUAAUUAAUGUAUGGAACUACGAAAAUUUAUAACAGUUAUAAAAUAAAGAUA